GCCAGCGCGCGACUCUCCCCGGAGGAAUUAGCGGCUGUUCGGGAGGAGCUGCAGGAGCCGCCGCCGCCGCACAAAAUGACAGUCGGCUUGCUUCUUCCUCUGGCGGCCGCUUUAGUCCUCACAAGCUCACCGGACACUGCUGGAAGUCUGACUGGGGAUCGAUGUCGACUCGGGUUCUCCCAGAACUUCUACACCGUGUUUAUCCCGCAGGAGCAGCUGCAGGGUCACGCCAUUGUCAAAGGCUCCGUGCUGUCAUCAGGACGAGUGAAGUUCGAGGCUUGUCAUCUGAAUGACUGGAUCAGCUUCAAGAGCAGUGACCCCAAAUUCAGCAUCCGUCCAGACGGCUCUCUGUACGCCGAGCAAGAUGUGACGAACCUGUCCGAGCCUGUACGCUUCGUGGUGACGGCUCAGGGAAGCAAACGCACUCGGAUCUGGAAAACGAUUGUUCAACUGGUCAUCAACAGACACCCACGUCCUCCCCUCAUAAACCAGAUUGUUGACAAGGCCAGUUCCCAUCACAACUGCUACGACAAGCUCAGUCAACACCACCGAGGAGUUUCCUCCAGUGGGCUGCCCUGGCAAAAGCGAGAUUGCAUCAUUCAACCCAUCAGUGCACCUGAAAACUCCAGAAGCGCCUUUCCACUGUUUCGUGCCAGAGUGAGUGAUCGUUGGCACCUUCAUCCUUUGUACUAUAAACAGCAUCUUUUAUUCGGUACCUUCUGGAAUGGGUUCAGCUCAUAA